AGCCCAGACAAUUGCUACAUGCAACAAUAUCAGAAAUACGCCACACACUGCGAGACAGCCGACAGCGGCAAUGGCAGCGAUCUGGAGAGCAACGGCGGACCCGUACAGGCCGCACUCCUGCUGACCGACGACAGCGAGGAGAGCGAGCCCUCCUCCCUGAACAGCGACAGCCUCAACUGCAGCAGCACAGAGUAUGUGCGUCAGGCGGCGGCCAAGCCCAGCGGCCAGCUGCGCCAGCGCCACAAAUCGCUGCGCAUGCUGGGCAACCUGCUGCCGGACUCGCUGCUGCGCGACAUACGGGACAGACGCAGCGCCGAGUACGUGGUGCAGUUCACCAGCCCCGUCGCCGAUCCGGUCGCAGUCGCGGUCAACGACAAGCCGCCAAACCGGCCGUUGUCGCGGCGCCUGUCGCGCGAGUCGCUCAACGAGGCCAGCAUCGAGGAGCUGCGCGCCGCGGUGCAGCGGGCCAACUUUGUCCAAACCGGUGGCGAUCAGCCGCCACCUGCCGCAGACAACUUGCAGCCGGACAACACCGGGAGCAGCGGGAGCGUGAGCGGGGGCAGCUACAAGUAUGCGGACGAUCAAUACUACAGCUUUCACAUAAACGAGCACGAGAACUUCAGAAGCUUUGCGCGGCAUGACGAUCAGCGGGAGCGGGAGGGGGACGAGGCGUCGAUGCACGAGGAUCACGACGUGUUCGCCGGCUAUCGGGACGUGCGCAGCAGCGCCAGCUCCACACAGUCCACCAUACGCUCCGCCAAGGGCACCGUGCGCGGCGUCAAGAAUCGUGUGCGCAAUGGAAUAGCCACGUUCUUGCAGCUGCAACAGCAGCCGAAUGUGAAGUGCUACAUGGAAAAAGAUCUGGGCAAGGUGGUGCUCUAUACGACUAGCAUGGGCGUCAUACGCGACACCUAUGCGAAAUGUGCCAAUGUUAAGCAGAUUCUGCGCACGCUGCUGGUCAAAUUCGAGGAGCGGGACGUCUUCAUGAGCGUCGAGUAUCAGGCGGAGAUGCGCCAGCGCAUGCAGACCUCACAGAUACGCGUGCCCCAGCUCUAUGUGGAGGGCCAGCUCAUUGGCGAUGCGGAGACCGUCGAGCGCAUGAAUGAGUCCGGCGAGCUGCGCCAGCUGCUCAAGCCCUACAAGUCCAUUGCCAGCACAUACACCUGCCAGACCUGCGGCGGCUAUCGGCUGUUGCCGUGCCCCUCGUGCAACGGCUCCAAGAAGUCCGUGCAUCGCAAUCACUUCACGGCCGAGUUCGUGGCGCUCAAAUGCAUGAACUGCGACGAGGUGGGGCUGGUCAAGUGCCACAAUUGCUGACU